GAAACUCGUCGGUCGCGCAAGUAAAAAGUAAAAUCCCAAGCGAAGUAUCAACAAAUACAAUAUAAGGCUAAAGCCUAAGAAAUAAAGCAAAAACAAAUGAUUAGGUAAAAAUUUAGCAAGCAAAAUACAAGUGUAACAAAAUAAUGUCUUAGCUUGAAACAAGUUAGAAAAACUUGUGAAUGUGUGUGCUCAAUAUUUGUGGUUGUGAAAAAACUCUUAACGCAUGUAACGCACAAUAGUUGGUCCUAAAAACUAGGAGAUUUUGAACAUGAACAAAAAUGCCGGCGAUGGCAGCGAUGGCAAAAACUCAAACAAAAACUCGAAUGCGGGAGGGGGUGCUGGAGCCGGGGGGCCACAUGAUCCCACCGGCCUUCUAGAUGCAGCUUCCCUCUUUGCUUACUGGGGACGUGAUCCAACUGGAGCGGCAGCUGCAGCGGCUUCCAAUCCGCUGUUCAACUCGCAGUUCAAUGCCGCCGCUGCUGCGGGAUUGGGUUUAUUGCCACAAGCCGGAGGCGCUUCUGCAAAUGACCGCUAUUCCAUGGCCGCUGCAGCGGCGGCGGCGGCAGGCGCCCAUCAUCACCAGAACACGAUGGCUGUGGCCGCUUCCCAGGCCGCCAGUUUGGCCGGUUUGCAUCCAGCAAGCUGGUGGUCGAUGGCUCAGCUAGCCGCCCAGGACUAUUUCAGUCGCCUGCAGGCCUCGGGCCUCUCGCCCUUUCCCCAUCCCGAUCUGGCGGCUGCUUUUGGACCAGCUGGCAUGGGAAUGGGCGGUGGUGGUGGCGGUGCGGGUGCCGGAGGCGGAGGAGCAGGUGUUCUCGGGCAAGGCGGCGGUGGAGGAAAUGGCGGGGGAAGUGGCAAUGGUGGCUCCUCAUCCAGUUCCUCGGGCAGCAAGUCAAAUAAGUCUCGCAAAGAGAAGCGAGCUGCCCAGCAGCAACAACAGCAACAGCAGAGCCUAGCCAAUAGCCUAAAUGCGGCAGCAGCGGCGGCAGCAGCAGCAGCUGCCAACAAUCCGGCAGCGGCGCUGGCCAGCAUGCACGGGUUUGGAGUGGGAGUGCCGGGUACCAGCAUACCAUCGGUGAGCACUGGCAGCGGUUCGAUAUCCACCAAUAGCGGAGGUCACGGUGGCUACAAGAGUACGGCCAGCGCCUAUGGAAAACCCUCGACCAUGACUAGCAGCAGCAUGGCUAGCAAUCCUGGCUCUGCCUACGAUCCGGUGACCUUGCACAAGGAGCUGCUGGCCAUGCAGGCCGUGGCAGCCGCUGCUUCCGGCUCGGGAUCUAGUAGUUCGUCUGGCAAAAAGUCCGGUGGUGGUGGCUCUUCCUCCUCCUCGAUGCAUGGCCAUGGCUUGGGAAUGGGCAGCGGCGGCGGCCUAAUGCCCAGUGGCAAGGCAUCGACCAGUGUGAGCGCCAGCAAUUCAUCGCUGGGAGGAAUGCAUCCCAGUCUGGCUAGCAGCAAUCCGCUGAUGUCGCCACACGCUGGAUUGGGAUCCUCGUCUUCUUCGUCUGGCAAAGAUCGGGACAAGAACAAUCCCUCGCUAAAUGCCCUCAAUUCGUUGUCCCAGUUCGGUGCUUUGGGAAUGACGCCACAGCAGAGCAUGCAGGCGGCAAUGAAUGCGUUUGCGGCCAGCACAGGAGUGUCGCCAUCCGCCACGGUCACCUCCUCGCCGCAUCAUUCUUCCCAGCAGCAGCAGCAGCAGCAGAUGGGCGGCAACAGUUCCACGUCGGGAUCGGGGGGCAAGUCAAGCGCCAAGGACUACAUGAUGGGCGCUGGUAGUGAGCACCCUUCCCUGCUCGGAGUUCGUUUACCACCGGAUACGGAGAUUAUCAAGUACACGUCCUCGAUUGUGGGACCCAAAAUACCGGGUACUACCUCGCGCGGUCGCAAAAAGACAAUUUCCGAAACAGAACAGCAAACAACACAACAACAACAACAACAACAGAAACAACAACACCAAGCAGAACAACACCUACUCCAACAACAACAGCAACAAGCACAAGCACAGGCACAAAAAGAGCUGGACAGCACCACAAAUGCCAUUUCCUCUCUGCUUGCAUUUCCAGGGCUCAGUCCUGCGAAGCGGGCUAGACUCGAAAUGGAGUACGCGGCAAUGGCGGCAGCCGCCCAACAGCAACAUCAGCAGGCUCAACAGCAACACCAGGCGCAGCAGCAACUGCACGGCAUGCUGGGAGCAGCCGGAAUCCCCGGAAUGGCUGGCCUUGUCGGCCUGCCGGGCAUGAGCGGUAAUCCCCUCGAUCAGUUGAGUGUGAGCAAGGCCAGCUCCUCAUCGGCGGCCACCACCAGCACCAGUUCCUCAUCGGCAGGAGGCAACCUGCUUAACCAGAGCUCCAGUGAUCGCGUCGAGGUGAUCAAACUGCCACCAACCAUCACCUCCAACGGGGCCUACAAUCUCUCCAGCAAGGGAAAAGAGGUGCACGACCUCACCACCGAUCUGGCGCCCACUUCUGGAGGUGUGAAUCUCAGCCUCAAGGCCAAUGCCAACGCCUUGACACCCAGCGGUGCCGUGGGCUCAGCCUCCAAUCCCAUCACCAUCGAUGACUUUGAUGCCCCACUCAAUCUUUCCAUGAAACCCUCGGACAAGAGCAACAGUAGCAGCUCUACCACUCCGGCAGGAGGAGCUUCCUCCUCUUCCAGUGCAGCAUUGGCCGGUUUGGCCAGCGAUUAUCAGGCGGUGGCCAGUGGUCAGGGCGGAAAUAGCCUGCAGAGCUUGAGUUCUAUUACGGCUGCUUUGGGAGGAACUGGCGGCAUGCCAGGUGGUUCCAUCUCGGGCAGUGGAGGAACUUCUCCUGCUCCGGCCGGCGCUGGCACAGGAGCCUCAGGUGGCGCGGGAUCUGGUUCUGGUGGAGGAUCGUCGUCUUAUAAGGAGGGAAGACCUCGUAACCUGGGACGCGGUGUAUCCAAGCCCAAGAAGAACACGGUGGCUUCGCUGUUGGCUCAGUCCCGAGCUGUUGGCCUUAAACCCAUGCUGGCCACCCAGCAGCUGCUUCAGCAGGGUGCCGAUAUUGAGAAAAUCCGCCUGGCGCUGAGUGAGGCCAAUGCCCACAUGGAGACCUCCACGGAUUCCGAAAGCGUGGCUGCUGAGAGUGGUCUUUCCGAGUCGGAAAGUGAGGAUGCCAAUAUACUGAAUGUGGCAGAGCUGAGGGUGCCGUUGGAACUGGGCUGGAAGCGGGAGACCGUGAUCCGUGGACUGACCAAACAAGGUCAAAUUCGUGGCGAGGUCACCUAUUAUGCACCUGGCAGCACGGCGCCUCUGAAGAGCAACGGACAGGUUUUUGCUAUUCUGGAGCAGCAGCCAUCGAAUCUAAGUCGUGAGAACUUUAGUUUCUCCGCGCGAGCCAUCGUUGGUUCGUUCCUGCAGCCUGCACCUCCGCCGUAUGCCAACGAUGGCGAGUACAUUCGGAUGACGGACGAGGAUGUGGCCAAGCGGCUAGAGGAUCUGAAGGUCUUUACCCGCCAGACACUCAACGUGGAGCAGCGCAUCGAGAUUGCCAAGCAGCAACAGGCGAUGCGUGAUGCCAAGAAGCUGCAGAAGGAGGAGUUGGCCAGGAACAAGGAGAAGGCGCGCCAGGAGAAGAACUCCAAGCUGGAGCAGCAGCGCAAGGACAAGGAGCUCAAGAACCAGCAGGCAGUCGAGGAGCGCAAAAAGCGUCAGGAGGAGCUAGAUCGCCUUAAGCAAGAGGAGCUGCUAAAGAAGCAACAGGAGAAAGAGAAGCGUCGUCAAGAGGCCAUUUUAGCUAAGGAACAGGAACUACAGAAGCAGAAAGAGAUGCUGUUGGCUGCCGAGAUGGAACGGGAGCGUCGUCGUCAGCACAUGAGUCUCAUCCGGAUGCUGGAACUGCGUCGCAAGUUUGAAGAUCGCGAAAAGAAGAAGCACCAGCUGGUGCUGGAUCGAUUGCUCCUCCGUGAGCGUCGCAUGGCGGAACGGAAACGAGAUGCAGAGAUUCUGCAGUUGAUUCGGCGGCCCAACGAGGAUUCUGAACUGCCACAAGAGUUAAUCAUUCCAGAGCUGGACAGGAUUGCUGGCAACCGGCUGCCCGGCCAGGCGAUGGCCGAUCUGCUGAUGGUCUUUGAAUUCCUGCACAACUUUGGUGAGACUCUGGGCUUCGACAUGGAGUCGCUGCCCUCGCUGCAGAACCUUCAUGAUGCCCUCAUCAGCGAUAGCAGUGCGGACGCUGAAGAGGAAUUGCUGUCGGUGAUGACGCAUCUCUUGGUUUGUGCCAUUGAGGAUCCGGGUGUUCCCAAUCCCGGUCGCCACACCACUUUGCUGGGACAAUCGCUUCGCAAUGCGGACAUUACAAACUCGAAUGUGUCGGAGAUCCUGAGGAUCUAUCUGUAUGCCACGGCCACGGGAGAAGUGCGCCAAAUGCACGGCAUCACUGUUGAUCGCGAGCGGGAGAGAAGAGUUCCCGAUCAUCACCAGGUAGAUGCCGAUUCCGGCACUCACUCGCAUUCGGCCAAGAACCAGGAGUACUAUAAACUCCUCCACGAGAACGACACCUGGAAGCUGUCGCAAUCGCUGAAGGAUCGCCCCUUCGUGGCAUUGAAUCCCACCCGGAAAGCCCAAAUGCUGGCCCACCUUUGCAACGAUCUGCUGAUGAACAAGGCGGUGCUGCGACAGAUUGACGGCAGCCUGGAGACCUGCGCCCAGAUGCGCAAGGAGAAGUACAUGACGGACAUGAAGGUGCGCAAGUACAAGGCACUCCACAUGCGCAAGGCUCGCAUCGAGGCCUAUGAACGAGCCCAGGCGGAACGUGAGGCAGCCAUGCAGGCGCUGAUGGCGCAGCAGAAGCUGGAUGCAGAGCGUCUAAAAGCGGAGGAGGAAGCCAAGGCGGCAGCAGCUGAGGAAGCAGCAGCUGCGGCAGAAACCGACGGUGCUGAGGCGACCAAAGGCGGCUCAGCCAAUGGCGAGAAGUCGGAAGAUCAGGAGGAUCAGGAUGAGCAGGCGGUCACCAAGGAACCCCAGCAGCAGCAGCAACAGCAGCAGCCCAUGGAGGUGGAUGGCAGCGUUGUCGAUGAGGAAUCCCUUGUUAGCCCGGCCAAAAGCAUCAUCCAAGCGGACAACAGUCUGACGCCCAACAAACAGGACAUGCCCACGCCCACCUAUCAAAUUAAUGGAUCCAGCACACCUACAACUAGUGCAACUGGUGGCGAAAUGAAUGCCCUGUUGCAGGCCAAGAAAAGCGGAGCACGCAACUCGAUUAACGAUGAGCACCAUCAUGAUGUGAGCAUCAUCGAAGAUGACCUCUCCGACUUGGAUUCAGAGAUCACGAAUGUCGAAGAGGACGAGGACAAUCGCUUGAGUGCCGAUGAGUUGCAGAAGAAGCUGGACAAAAUUGUGCGAGCUUCGCUCAACUGCAAAGAGGCUCUGGAGAAGAGCACCAAUCAGCUGAGGGCGGCCUGCUUUGGACAGGAUCGCUUCUGGCGUCGCUACUGGAAGUUGCCCAAGGCGGGCGGCAUCUUCAUUGAAGCUUUGGAGUCGGCUCAAAACGACAUUUGCGGCUAUCACGAAGCAUUGGAGGGCAUGGAUGACAAAAAGGAUGGUGCUGGCGAUAAGAUGGAGAGCCCGGAGAAAGAUAUAAUCAGCAGAUCGGAGCCCACUGAGCAGCCCAUGGAAGUGGAUGAAUCUCUUACCCAACUGGAGGAUGGAGUUCCAGCUCAGAAUGCAGAGCCCUCUGAAAAUAAUCAACAGAAUGCUCAUCAAGAAGAGGACGAUGACGAUGAUGAUGUGACAGAAAUCAACAAGGUGGAACCGGAAAUUGUUGACCUGGGCGACGACGACGAUGAUGCAGCACCUCCACUGCCCAAGAUAGAACCUCCCCGACCCGAGAUCAAGGUUAAAUCGGAAAUGGAGCUAAUGGGUCCCCCGCCGACCACCAUGAUAGCCACCAAGACCGAUUUUGAGGCGGAAAUCAAGAUACCCGCCAUGCCUGGCAUCCUGAUGCCGCCCACCCUCAACAACAACAACAACAGCAAUAACAAUAAUAACAACAAUGGAAGCGACAACUGUGAUAAGUUGGAAACCGGUUUGAAUCUGGGAUGUGGAGGACAACAGCAGCAACCGCAGCAGCAGCAGCCGCAGCAGAACUUUGGCCAGGCCGUGAUCAAGAUGGAGGAUAUGAAGAAGGAGGAUGACUGCAUCAUAGUUUCCACAUCCAGUGGCGACGAUACACCCAAGUGGUUCUCCAUUGUGCGCCGCGAAGUGCCGCUGAUCAGUGAACUGCCAGCGGAGGAGGGCGGCGUGGUGGGUCAGGAACUGCAGAAUAGCUUUGCCAAUCACAACUGCUCCGCUCAGCUGCAGUUGCAAGGUCAUCCCUGGGAUCUGAUCAACAACAUGCAGUACUACUCCAUACCCAUGGACGAGUGCAAGGUGGACACCAGCAAACUGGGCAACGAGUGCAUCUUCUCGCUGAGCGGCCUCGAUGAGAAACAAAUGCUGGCCAAGGUGGAGGAGUACAAGGCCCACAAGGUGGAGUCAAAAAACGGUCUGGGCUCUCCUCAUCACCGCCACCAGGAGACUGAAGAUGAUGGGGAGCAGGCCAAGCUGAAGUUGGAUAAGAUGAUCGACACCGAAAUGGACACUACGGAUGCCGAUGAGCUGGCUCGCAAGGAGAAGUUUUUUCGCUUGCGCUCUGAUGCGCCCCCGGACACGGGAGGAGGGGCCAACGAGGGAGCCGAUGUGAAGCCCAAGAUUGAGCUGCGUCUGGACGAGGCUCUCUCGCAGGCCUACUACCACAACAUAGCCAACAUGUCGUUGAGCAGUGUGCAAACGUACAUACCCAUAGACAUUCCUCUCCCACUUUCCAUGACCCCCGAUGAGCAUCGUCUGCUGGAGCAGGUCAAGUUGGCUGGCUUCCCCGAGCGAGUGCAUGGCGUUUAUGUGCCCCGCAGACAGCGUUACGGCUGGUGGCAAUUGGACGAUGAACAAAAGUUGCGACAACUGCUAAAGACCCUCAAUCCCUCCGGCUUAAGGGAGCGUGAGCUGCAGGAGAAUCUGCAGCGUUUUCUUGGCCUGGAACAGCCCUUGGGUGUGAAUUAUCAAAUGAAAUCGGACACCGAGUUUGCGGAGGAAUUCCUAAUGCCGGAUAAGAAGGGCGAUUGGAAUCCCAAGGUGGCCAAGCGUGUGGAACUGGCGCUCAUCGAGCAACUGGAAUCUCUGGAGGAUAAGGUGGCCAGUGCUUCCAUGCAAUUGAAGAACUGGCAAUUGCCCAACCGAGUGGAGAGUGAACUUACUCUGGACUCGCAGGAGGAUGUCAGCGAAGAGGAUUUCGUGAGCAUUAUACCCAUGAUUCGGGAGAGGAUUAUCGACUUGGAGGCGAAUAUCGAACGGCGUUACUUGAAGCCACCGUUGGGCUCCCAGACGGGCGAUGCCCAUUUGGCGGUGAUUGCCCAGAAUCAGCAUACCACCACCCAGACGCAGAAUUCCGCAUCCGCGGCCGCAUAUCUCCUGCAGAUGCAACAGCAGCAGCAGCAACAGUUGGCCCAACAGCAGCAACAGCAGCAGCAGCAGCAACAGGGAUCGGGAACUGGCAAUAGCCUGAAUCCCUCGUCCUUCAAUGAACGCACAAUGGCUCUGGCGGCAGCGGCAGCAGCUUCGGGAACAGGAUCCUCCGCAGCUGCAGGAGGCAACGCAGCAGCCGGAGGAGGAGUAACCCCCUGUGAAUCGGGCAGUGGAGAACCGAACUCUGGGAAUGCAUCACCGGCCAGCAACUGCGACAGCGAUCGGGAUGAGAAGGUGGAGCACAUUCCCAAGGGAUUGGUUCAGUGGCGCGAUGCAGUUUCCCGAUCGCACACCACCGCCCAGUUGGCGAUGGCCCUGUACGUCCUGGAAUCCUGUGUGGCCUGGGACAAGAGCAUUAUGAAAGCGUAUGCAACAAGAAACAAGUCCAGCAAAAAGAAGAGCAGCGCCAAAAAGCAGGCAACACCCGUGAAAAAGCAGCAAAAGAAGAAAAAGGAGCAGCAAUCAACGGCCAAUGGAAAAAAGAAAGAAACCCCAAGCAAAAAGCAAGAGAACAAAGCACCACUGAGCAUCAAAAUCAACCUCAAGGCUCUGGCUCAAAAUAGGCAGGACUCGCGGGAAACCCAAACCAAACACCUUAUCCAAACCUUGUCCAAAUCCAAAUCCAAAUCCCCAUCCCCAUCCUCCACUUCAAACACUAGUGACUCCGACUCGGACUUUGGCAAACGGACGACGAAGAAGAACGGAGGCGGCGGCAGCAAACGCAGACGCUCCUCGGCCAACAAUACAAACUCUAGCAAAUAUUCCAAUUCCUUACAGAAUUGCCAGUUCUGCACGUCCGGCGAAAACGAGGACAAGUUGCUACUGUGCGACGGCUGUGACAAGGGCUAUCACACCUACUGCUUCAAGCCCAAGAUGGACAACAUUCCCGAUGGCGAUUGGUACUGCUACGAGUGCGUGAACAAGGCCACCAAUGAGCGCAAGUGCAUCGUUUGCGGCGGCCAUCGUCCCUCGCCCGUGGGCAAGAUGAUCUACUGCGACUUGUGUCCACGCGCCUACCAUGCCGACUGCUACAUUCCCCCGCUGCUGAAGGUGCCGCGUGGCAAGUGGUACUGCCAUGGCUGCAUCGCCCGGGCGCCGCCGCCCAAGAAACGCAGUGCUGGCGGCACAGCCAGCAGCAGCAGCAAAUCCAGGAGGGACAGGGAAAGGGACUCUGGUGGCUCAGCCAAGCGGCGCAGCGACAACAGCAAGACACCGCAACAACAGACCAUGGAGCACAUACAGCAGCAGCAGCAGCAGCUACAGCAGCAGAUGCCACUGGCAGGCGGGGACUCCCACCACCACCACCAUCAUCAUCAUCAUCAUCAUCAUCAGCAGCAGCCGCCGUCGCUGAACUCGUCGCACGACGAGUCGAUGAAUUCGCUGCCGGCGGCGCCUCUGAGUCCGGCGCACUCGAUUGCCUCGGCCACGACCUACGAUGACCAGCAUCAUGCCAACAACUCGGUCGACGGCAGCAGCCGCUUUCAAGCGCAUCUCAUCCCCCCGCCCAAUAAUGGCACGGCUGCGCUGCUGGAAGAUGUGUCGGCCGCAAAUGCCAGUUAUCCGGCCUAUCCGCCAGUUGCGGGUGGCAAUUUCUCAGCUGGAUUGAUUAACCCGGUACCAGUGCCGGUAUCGGUAUCGGUGCCACCAGCCAUGCAGUUUGCCAAUGUGGUGGCCAUGUCGCCACGGGCCGUCACGCCCACUCGCACCCGAACGCCCACACCGACGCCAGCGCCCACUCCGCCACCACCACCGCCGCCGACAGCGCUGCUCAUGCAGGCCUCGCCCACAGCCGGCGCCGCCGCCCUCCAUGUAACCGCCUGCCAGUCGCCACCACAACAGCAUCCCCAUCAGCUGAUGACCAUGCCCUCGCCACCGGCCAUUGGAGUGGGAACGGGAACGGGAACCAAUCAAAUGUCGCCGCCACCCAUCAACAUACACGCCAUUCAGGAGGCCAAGGAAAAGCUGAAACAGGAGAAGAAGGAGAAGCACGCCACCAAGAAGCUCAUGAAGGAGCUGGCCGUCUGCAAGACGCUACUGGGGGAAAUGGAGCUCCAUGAAGACUCCUGGCCAUUUCUGUUGCCAGUAAACACCAAGCAGUUUCCCACAUAUCGCAAAAUUAUCAAAUCUCCUAUGGACUUGUCCACGAUCAAAAAGAAACUGUUGGAUUUGAGCUACAAAGCCCGUGAGGACUUUUGCGUGGAUGUGCGUCAGAUCUUCGACAACUGUGAGAUGUUUAACGAGGAUGAUUCGCCUGUGGGCAAAGCGGGGCAUGGCAUGCGCAAGUUCUUCGAGUCUCGUUGGGGCGAACUGACCGACAAACACUCCUGAUCCAGCAACACCAUCAGCCCGCCGCAGAUUCAAAUGGCUAGCACCAAAAGCAGCAUAGCUAUGGCCACUGGCACCGCAACCACCACCACCAUCCCUACCAACAAUAACAUGGCCGGCACAGCCACACAUCCCAUUGAGAUGGUCACCCUGAUUGCACCAUCGCAAGUGGAGGUCGAGGGAGCCGUGGAGACGACAACAGCAUUAACUGAAGCAGCACAAUUUUGGUCAAGAGAUUAGAGUAGAUUAAGAAGAGAUUGUACAUAAUUAGGGGGGAUAGAAGAGACGGUUAGUUAUAGUCUAGAAGCGCAGCAUACACACAUUAAUAUAUAUUUAUAUAUAGUAGAUAUAUAAACACCAACACACGAGAGUAUUCAACGUCCUACGUCGGUCAAGACCUUUGAAAGAGGUAGCUUUGAUUAAAUUAAAUCACCAGCCAAGGCGAACAACAGCAACAGCAACAACAGUAGCAACAAGUGUGCAAGUGAAAAAAUUGUAUUUAGUUUUUUAAGCAUCCCAAGGGCGGCAAAAACAGCAGCAGCAGUAUAAACACUUACUAUUAGCCGUCAUAAACUAGCAGUUAAAAAAUCGUAUCGAUUAAGAAGCCAUCUACAGUAGGCGCCCGGACAGGAUGAACGCUGACAAAUGACAAAUGAAAACGUACAAAAACUGUCUACCAAUUUCCGGUCCGAUCCGAUUCGAUUCGAUCGAUCGAUCCAUCGUUUGAACAGUAUUUUGUGCACAAAGCUGCGUCGCUUUGUUUUCUACACUUAUAAUUCUAACCCUAAUUUUAAAGAUUAUUUUUAAAAGCACCAACGAAGCGCUCAUUUAAGUUUUAAAGUGUAUUUUGUACUUAUAGCAACUCCGACAUCUGUAUUUAAACGUAUAUUAACUAGAGCUAACAAUUGCCCAGGCAAAAUGCGAACAAUUAUACUCAAAAGGCGGUGCGAGGAUGAUUUGUAAAUGUAAAUGAAAGCAAAUUAAAAUUAAAUAUAUUAAAUUAUUUAUUCUGUGUAAAUUUUCCAAA